AUGCCGACACAUACGCCCUCACCGCACCGAUUCCUAGCUCCAAAUCCGCAUUCAGCCCAAAAGUCGACUAGACCACAUUCGAGCCUACGUAAUGCUACUGCAGUUCCUCCAUCCGCUUCUGCAAGGACACCUACGCCUGCAGGAUCAACAGAAUUGCAGUUCAAAAGGCUGACGCCUGCGAAGCGCUUUGUCGUUGCACCGCUACAAAAGAACCCUACUGCGGAGACUGCAAAGGUCAGCGAAGCAGACGUCAAGCCAAAUGAUGAUGCACAGUUACAGCACACGCCGCUACCAAGACCACGCAGAAAGCUCGAACGAGUGGAAAGCAUAGAGGAGCCAUCACAAUCAAGCCAACAAGAUGCCAAUCAACAUGUCCAUGCAUCUGGCGUCAUAUCCUCCGUCCAAGACCAGGAUAUGCUGUCCGACGAACUCAAGCAAUAUGAACAAAACGAGGAGGAUGACGAAAUGCUCUUUGAACCAGCGACGCGAACCAAACGGCGCCGCAGGUCGUCACCCACUUCUCCGUCCUUGCAGCCACUAGAGCCCUCAACAAUGCACCGUUUUAAGGUAGCACCGCCCCGCACCCCUGCACCGUUCCCAAGCAUUGCGUCCGUCGCGGCCAAACCUUCAGCACCUUCAAGUCGUCCUCAUUUCAUUCUCCCUGAAUCACCAAAUUCUCCCCCCAAGGCUUCCAGACCCCCACCGGAAAUCUUCUCCCCAUCCCGCAAGCAUGCAAAGUACGUUCCUGGCGGUCUUGCCUCCACAGUUUCCGUCUGGGUUAUCGAGACGGCGAAUACAGGGUUUGCAGCGCAGGAAAGGAUCGGUGGAGUUUUGGGACGCGACAAGGACGACGGUGUCAGGGUGCGGGUGAAGAUAAGUUGCUUAUCCAGAGGCGCAGCGAGUGAACAUGACAUGCAGGAACUAGAAUGCCAUGCUGGUGGUGUUGUGUUUGCGAGGGGCCAAACAGAGCCAGGCAUAUAUGAUUCCUCGGCAGUAUCCAGUAUAUCUGGCCAAGAUACCAACACGAACAUUCUCCUUGCUGGUCAGGGCAGUGUGAGAGGCUCUGGAGGUGUUAAAGUCAAUACUGGAAGCAUGAUUGGUGUACGAGCACCCACGUGGGAGAUUGAUGUUGGCCACGAGAAGUGUUUGGUCGCUGUUGAUUGGGUGGUGCUGUAA